AAAGAAAAGAGAAGAAACGAGCACCUUUACGGAGAAUGGACAUUAGUGUAGUUAGGCGUGCCCAUGUACUGUGCCCUACAGUUUCAAAAAUAAAUACCAUGGGUAGUAUUCAAGAUAAUUGAAAAAUAUGAAAAUAUGUGUUUUUUUUUUUCAACUAUAAAUAUGACUGCUACUUUCUAACCAAAUGAUAGAAUGUUGAAUUAAAAAUACGAAAUUUUUUUUUUUUUUAAGAAAGGGUAAAGAGCCACGUCGGACUGACCAAUCUGAAGGCGUCGGAUCAACUUUUAUUUGUCCGGGAGUUGCACGCAUUGUGAUUUCCUAGAAUGUGAAGAGCGGAGCGCCAAAGUGGUUUGAUCCCUCACCGUCGUCGCACUCCGGCUUCACCAUGGCCAUCCCUUCGACGGUGAUCCACACCCUCAUCUUCUACCUCUCCGAGCACCCCUCCGUUGUCGGCUUCCGCUGGAGCCCCGCCCAAUCCUGGGGCUCCACUUGGCUCUUCCUCUUCUCCUCCAUCGCCUCCUUCAUCCUUCUCUCCCUCUUCCUCCAUCUCUUCUUGGCCUUCUUCUUCCGCUCCGGCCGUCCCCUUCCCCUCGGUCCCUUGCCUGCUCUUCACAGCCUUUUUAUGUCCAUCGUCUCCGUCACUAUUUUCGCUGGAAUUUUCCUCUCCGCUGCUGCCGAGAUCCGAGACACCCGCUGGUUCUGGCGCCGCUCCAAGACUCCCAUCCAAUGGCUCCUCUGCUUCCCACUCGGUACCCGACCGUCGGGUCGGGUUUUCUUCUGGUCUUACGUGUACUAUCUCUCCCGUUUCCUGCACAUGUGGAGGACCAUCUUCUGCAUCCUACGACGUCGUAAGUUGGCUUUCUUCCAGCUGUUCAACCACUCCAUCUCCACGUUCAUGUCCUUCUUGUGGCUGGAAUUUUCGCAGUCCUUUCAAGUGCUGGCGAUUCUGUUCACUACUCUGGUUUAUUCUUUGGUGUACGGCUACCGAUUCUGGACGGCCGUCGGGUUUCGCAGCGCCUGCUUCCCUUUUGUGCUCAAUUGCCAAAUAGUGUUGCUGGGUUGCAACCUGAUCUCCCACGUCGGGGUGUUUCUUCUUCACUUCUACAAAGGAGGCUGCAACGGAAUCGGCGCCUGGAUCCUCAAUUCGGUGCUGAAUUGUGCUAUUCUGUUGCUGUGCCUCAACUUCUAUGUGAGAAUGUAUCUGGGCAAAAGGGCGAAGAUGGAUGUUGUUGGCGGCAUUGAAUCCAAGCCUGAAUCGAACUCUGUUUUGAGUGUAUACGCAGGGAGAGGACUGGAUAUGCCGAAAUUGAAAGUCCAUUAGAGGAUUGAGGCUAGGACGGCGAACCUCUCGUGCGGUCUGGAGUGUUCGCCACUUCUCUACGCUACUUCUUUUUGUAUAGACUACUAUAGAGCAGGUAUACAUAAAAACUUCUGAUCGAUUUUAGGCACAAAUCUUACGACGCACCGAACGCCAACUGGGAUUUCUUUUUGUCACCGGUCAUGCUUCCCAGAACAAUUUUCUGGUGCAUCCCAAAUCAUUCAAUAAUUUCAGUCUACUCGUUAAU